AUGAUUGAAGAUAAAUCCAAGUCCAGAGCUUAUUCAGUAAUUCAUGACGAUGAAGGUUUUGACUGGAGUCAAAUUCUUCCAGAUGAAGAUCGUCCUGUAACAGCUCAUGGCAGAAAAGCAUCAAAAGCCCAGCAUCAUGUUCUUGUUGCUGAAAUUCAUGAAGAAAACAAAGAAGAAAAUGUUGCUGCUGAGGUCAAAGAGAAAACUCGAGAAGAGAUUUUGAAAGAGAAGACUGAAAGAGAAAGAUUCAUUGUGGGGUGCAGAAUGGAGAAAAUGCAGGAAGAAUAUGAAUGUUUUGUCAACAAACAAGGUGAACCAGUCGUUCCAAGAAGUGACAUAGUUCAUGAUGAUGUUCUUCUUGUAAUUCCUCGAUCCGGUGAAUAUUAUUCCAAUGUUGCAAAAGACAAGACAUAUGUGAAAAGGCUGGAUAAAAUCAUCAGGGAUGCUAUGACAACAAAACUGAGGAAGAGGAAUGAAGAAAGAAUGAAGAAGAACAUUAAGAAUCUGGUUGAUGAUUUGAAGAAAGUUGCCGAGGAGGUCAAGGUUGAAGAAAAAGUGAAAGAUGGAGUUGAGAAAGCUAAAGAGAAGGUUAUUGAGAAAGAAGCUAUUACUGAAGAACAGCAAGUUGAAGAAGUCAAGAAAGAGAAGGAAAGUUCGAUAGAAGUGAAGGUUGAAAGUUCAACAGAUGUUGCUGGUAAUGUUGUUGAUGAGAAGCAGCAGAAAGAAGCUGAUCAGACAAAAACAGAAGCAAACACCAAGGUGCCAAUCACUGAGGCAAAAAUGAACUUUGUUCACAGAACAAGUUCCGAAAAAGAGAAAGAACUCCAAUCUAGACGACAGUCUAAUGAAGAGUUCCAUGCUCAGAAAAAACAACAACAACAGAUGUCAUCUGAAAACAACUCCUCUUUUGCUCUCAAGUCCAUACUUGAGAAAGACAAACUGAAUAACACCAAUUUUCUUAAGUGGCACCACAACUUGAGAAUCGUUCUCAAGAUGGCAAAAAGGCUUUAUGUUUUGGAAACCCCGAUCCCAACUGCACCCGAGAACAACACUGUGGUUGCGAAGAAGGCUUUCGACAAACAUAAAGAAGAUGCCAUGGAAGUUGCUUGCCUCAUGCAAGCCACCAUGUCUCCAGAUCUUCAGAAGAAUAUGGAAGACAUGAAUUCCUUCGACAUGAUUGAACAACUCAAGGGCAUGUUUCAUAAACAAGCCCGUCAGGAACGCUAUGACACCAUGAAACAGCUCAUAAGCUGUAGAAUGCAAGAUGGUUCCUCAGUUAGUGCUCAUGUCCUCAAGAUGAAAGGCUACAUCUACCAACUAAACAAACUUGGUUAUCCUCUCCAAGAUGAGAUGGCUGUUGACUUCAUUCGCAACUCUCUUUCCAGUCACUAUGAUCAAUUUGUUAUGAACUUUAACAUGAAUGACUGGGUAAAGACAAUGCCAGAGCUACAUGGGAUGCUCAAAACGGCAGAGAUGAACAUUUCCAACAAAGUAAGCCAAGUGUUAAUGGUUCGACCUGGUGGUGUUAAAAAGCCCAAAACAAAGAAGAAAAGUUAUAACAACAAAAACAAAGGAAAGGCUCAUGUUGUUGCCAAACCUGCCACCAACAAGAGCAAGCAAGCUAUGAAAGCCCCUCUUCCAGAAGAGCGGUAA